AUGGAUAUAGAGAUGAAGGUGUCGUUUAGGGUUAGGGAGUUCGACAUGGAGAGGGACCUGGCGGCGGUCGAGGAGCUCGAGCGCCGAUGCCAGGUCGGCCUGUGCGGCGACGACACCACACCCGACGACGACGACCACAGUGGUGGCGGCAGCAAGCUGAGGAAGACGACGACGACGACGACGAAGAAGAAGAAGGGCAUGUCGCUCUCCGUCGAGCAGGUCGGCGACCCGCUGGCGAGGGUCCGCCACGCGCCGGAGCACGUCAUGCUGGUUUCCGAGUAUGGCGAGGAGAAGGAGAUGGUCGGGCUCAUCAAGGCCUGCGUUAGGGUGGUGAGCAGAGGCGGCCGCAAGAAACACAAACCAUCUUCCUCCCCGAACCCGAAGCAGCAGCAGCAGCAGCCGUCGCCGGCGGCGUACGUGAAGGUGGCCUGCCUCCUCGGCCUCAGGGUCUCUCCGUCUCACAGGCGGCUGGGGAUCGCGACGGCGCUGGUGGAGCGCGCGGAGGAGUGGUGCCGUGAGCGCGGCGCGGCGCACGCGACGAUGGCGACGACGACGUCCAACGCGGCCUCGCUGGCGCUGUUCACGGGCCGGUUCGGGUACGCGCCGUUCCGGCGGCCGGAGUUCCUGGGCCGGCCGGUGCACGCGCACCGCCUGCCCAUCCCGAGCGCGCACCGAGUGUUCCCGCUGCCGCCGCCGCUGGCGGCCGCGGCCUACGCGCGCCUGUGCCCGCCGCACGCCACGGAGUUCCUCCCCGCCGACAUGCCGGCGCUGCUCUCCCACAAGCUCACGCUGGGCACGUUCGUGGCCAUCGAGAGCGGGCCGGAGCGGGACCCGUCCGCCCCGCCGUCCUUCGCCGUGCUCAGCGUCUGGGACUCCACCCGCUCCAUGCGCCUCCGCGUGCGCGGCGCGCCCGCGCUGCUCCGCGCUUCGCUCGCCGCACUCCGGGCGCUCGACCGCGGCGCGCCGUGGAUGCGCGUCCCCUCCAUCCCGGACAUCUUCAGCCCCUUCGGCGCCUACCUCCUCUACGGCCUCCGCAUGUCCGGUCCCGCGGGCCCGGACCUGCUCCGCUCCCUCUGCCACCACGCGCACAACGUGGCCGGCAAGAACCCGGCCUGCGCCGUCGUCGCCGCCGACGUCGCGCCCGACGACCCGGCCGCCGCCGCCGUCCCGAGGUGGCGCCGCUUCUCCUGCGACGAGGACGUCUGGUGCAUCAAGAACCUCACCAAAAAUGCCGACGACGACGACGACGGCUGGGCGGCGACGGUGCCGUCCGGGACGGUCCUGUUCGUCGAUCCCCGCGAGUUUUGA